UAGCAGAAGCAUCGUGUGUGCAGGCAGCUAGCUGUUGUUAGCUACUGUUAGCUGUUGUUAGCUGCUGCUAGCUGCUGUUAGCACUCUAUCAUUAAAGAGCCCCUGUGGUCUGGGCUGUGCUGAACAGGUUUAUCAGGUUGAAACCGCGGAGCCGCUUCUGCUCCGUGGAGGCUGAGCGGGUGAGAGCAGGCGGCGAGCCGGCGAGCAGCGCAGGCUAGUGGAUGUGAGCGUGUGGUAGCCCCGGGUUAGCUUCACAGCUAACGGAGACCGCGACACAAGCCCAGAGGAGGAAUGAACCAUAAGAGCAAGAAGAGGAUCAAAGAGGCGAAGCGGAGCGCCAGGCCCGAGCUGAAGGACUCGCUGGACUGGAUCAGACACGGCUACCACGAAACCUUCGACCUGUCGCACCGGACCGUCAAGGACAACGUGGAGCGUGUGGACACCCUCCAUCUCAGCCCUGAAGAGUUCAUCCGGCGCUUCGAGCGACCCUACAAGCCCGUCGUCCUCCAGAACAGCCAGGAGAGCUGGCCCGCCCGAGAGAAAUGGACUCUGGAGCGACUCAAGCGCAAGUACCGCAACCAGAAGUUCAAGUGCGGGGAGGACAACGACGGCUACUCGGUGAAGAUGAAGAUGAAGUACUACAUGGAGUACCUGGAGAACACCAGGGACGACAGCCCGCUCUACAUCUUCGACAGCAGCUACGGUGAACACGCCAAGCGCCGGAAGCUGUUGGACGACUACCAGGUCCCCGUCUUCUUCAGGGACGACCUCUUCCAGUUUGCAGGAGAGAAACGCAGACCGCCGUACAAAUGGUUUGUGAUGGGUCCGGCUCGCUCGGGCACAGGGAUCCACAUCGACCCGCUGGGCACCAGCGCAUGGAACGCCUUGGUUCAGGGUCACAAGAGGUGGUGCCUGUUCCCCACCAACACGCCCCGGGAGCUGAUCAAAGUGACCCGAGAGGACGGAGGCAACCAGCAGGACGAGGCCAUCACCUGGUUCAGCGUGGUCUACCCACGCACGCAGCAGCCCAACUGGCCGCCAGAGUUCACGCCGCUGGAGAUCCUCCAGAAACCCGGGGAGACGGUUUUUGUUCCUGGUGGAUGGUGGCACGUUGUUCUCAACAUGGACACAACAAUCGCCGUCACUCAGAACUUCGCCAGCACGACCAACUUCCCCAUCGUGUGGCACAAAACUGUGAGGGGCCGACCCAAGCUGUCCAGGAAGUGGUAUCGUAUCCUGAAGCAGGAACGGCCCGACCUGGCGGUGUUGGCAGACGAGGUCGACCUGCAGGAGUCGACAGGCAUCGCCUCAGACAGCUCCAGUGACUCUUCAUCAUCGUCCUCCUCCAGCUCGUCCGACUCUAAUGCGGAGUCCGGCUCCGAGGGAGACACCAUGUCCCACCGCAGGAAGAAGAGACGCACCUGCGGCAUGACGGCCAACGGAGACACGAGCGGACAGGACGACUGCAUCAGCAAGGAGAGGAGCUCGUCCCGGUGACGUCCCGCCUCCGUCCACC